ACACGGUACUUGCAUCCACGUAGGCUUCAUUUCGCGCUUAGAGGUACUGCUACUCUCUAUACCGCCUCUUCCUCGACCAUCAUCUCGCACUUUUUUGGUGUUGCAUCUGUACUGCAUUUGUCUCGUCUCGUCUAGGACUCCCCUCGCGCCCUACUUGCAUUGAUGUUUCGUCCUAGUUAAACAUGGCCCUGAAGAUCUACAAAAUUUGCCAAUCUGGGCCAGAGAGACAUGUUGAAGCAUCACGACCUGAAGCAUGCCUACCUACACCGUAUUCAAUAGCUCUCUUUUGGCCUCUUCUUACCUCUACAAGAGGGGAAGACGGCCCGGCAACGCUAAGGUCCGGGAGGCGCCAGCUCACUCGCCACGAAAGCGCCUCUCUAAUCGCAGGGCACGAGAACAUUCCUGCCCUGUCCGGAUGCUUGGACGAGCGCGGUCGCGAGCGCCGAGCGCCUUGCCUUCUCAACCCCUCUUGGGCCCCCUCAUUCUCUGAUAGACGAUUCGACGCAGAGCGGGGUGCGCAACCUGAUCACCGACGCUGGAGGGGUAGAAUGCCCCUCUAUCGAUACACGUAUUCGUCAUGGCCAUGACCGACAACGUUAUGGGGGAGGCGGAUGACAGACUGCCACCAGC